AACGCGGCCGCUCCCCCAUACAUGCAUUUUGUCGCGCGUUGAUGUCGUCAUCAAUGUGAUGCGCUCACCAAGUGUGGCUGGCAAGCUGUAAAGCCACACGUUAGUCCCCCCCCCCCUCCAAGCCAAAUUGAAUGCUGUUGGGACCCCCGCGCUUCACCCGCCGACAGCAUAAGAUGUCUUCACUGCUCAAGGUGGACAAUGAAAUUAAAACCAAGGUUGAUGCAUUUAGAGAACGAAUCACUGCGGAAGCCGAGGACCUAGUGGCUAAUUUUUUCCCAAAGAAAUUACUGGAACUUGAUCACUUCCUUAAGGAGCCAAUCAUAAACAUCGUCGAGCUGAAGGAGAUCCACUCAGACAUCAACCUGACAGUGCCCGACCCCAUCCUGCUCUCCAACCUUCACGAUGGACUUGACACGCAAAAUGCCAAAAAGAGGAAGCUGGAGGACGGGGACGCAGAGGACAAGGUGACUGGCACCAAGGUCUUCGUCAUGCCCGGCGGGAUGAUGAAGAGCAACGGUAACCUGGUAGAUCUCAUCGAAAAGGUCAAACCGGAGAUUCGGACGCUCAUUGAGAAAUGCAACACGGUAAAAAUGUGGGUGCAGCUGCUUAUACCCAGGAUAGAGGACGGCAACAACUUCGGGGUGUCCAUCCAGGAGGAGACGGUGGCUGAGCUCAGGACGGUGGAAGGCGAGGCGGCCUCUUACCUGGACCAGAUAUCCAGAUAUUACAUCACCCGAGCAAAGCUGGUUUCGAAAAUAGCAAAAUAUCCUCAUGUGGAAGACUAUCGGCGCACAGUAACAGAGAUCGACGAGAAGGAAUACAUAAGUCUGAAGAUCAUUGUAUCGGAGCUCCGAAAUCAAUACGUGGCGCUACACGACAUGAUACUGAAGAACAUUGAGAAGAUCAAGAGGCCAAGGAGUAGUAACGCAGAGGCCUUGUACUGAUGGCUGCCAAACCCGCGGCCAGCAACGUUUUGUCAUUUCAGUACAAUCAAACCCCGUGCGUACAAAGUUGGACGCCAUGCCUGCUUUUUUUUUUUUUUUUAAUUUUUUAAUCGUAAGAGACUUUUUUUUUUUUCUUCAGUUUUAAUGACAUUAAAUUCCCGAGAUGUCACAUUCUAAGCAAGAGUGUCUUUUUUUUUUUUUUUUUUUUAAUUUUUUUUUUUUUUUUUAAAUGUUGGCGUGGUUUGACAUGUAGCGUUCGCAAGAAGGCUCCGGAGCAACUUUUUAUGUUCUUUGUCUGAACGAUAGUUGAAAAGGAAUGUUUUAUGUCGUACAGUCCAGCUUCUAGGUCCACAUCGGAAAGAUCACCUCAUUAAAAUUCUAUUGAAUAAACAACUUUUUUUUUUUAAGAAAUGUGGGGCAUUUAUUUCCAUAUGCUAUGUGUUGCAGUUUGGUUUUGGCCUGUAGGGGUCACUGUGGCUUAGACACAAAGCUACUGUACAAUAUACAAUACAUCCAUCCAUUCUUUUGCUGCUUAUCCUCACGAAGGUUGCAAAGAGUGCUGGAACCUAUCCUAGCUGUCAACGGGCAGGAGGCAGGGGACACCUGAAUUAGUUGCCAGCCAAUCGCAGAGCACAUCGAGAUAAACAGCCACACCCACAAUCACACCUCGGGACAAUUUAGAGUGUCCAACUAAUGUUGCAUGUUUUUGAGAUGUGGGAGGAAACCCACGCAGGCAUGGGGAGAACAUCCAAACUCCACACGGGUGGGGCCGGGAUUGAACCCGGAACCCCAGAACUGUGAGGCUAACGCUUUACCAGCUG